UUUCAUUGCCUCGCCCCCAAACAACGAAUCUACGGAAGGUUUAAAUAACUCUUCAUAUUCCUAUAACUCCAGCCCGCCUGCGAUCCAUACAUUGUAAAAAGAUGAAGACGUUGAGACAAUGGAAUAUUCUGUUUAUAAUACUUGUGCAUGGUGUCCAGUCAUCAAGGCCAUUCAUGUUACGAAUGGACGCAUCAUCAAAUGCCUUGUACAAAGGCACUCUGCCAACACUAGAUGAGUUCACUAUAUGUUUGUGGAUUAAUGCCAACUCGACCUAUCAGGGACAUGCAGGGGCCCCUCUAUCGUAUGCUACCUGGAACUCCGACAACGAAUUACUCUUAUACGAUAUUUAUUCAUUCAAAAUCUUCGUCAAGGGCACCACUAUCGAAACAAACGAGUGCAUUGCAGUCGACAGAUGGAUACACGUAUGCGUGUUAUGGAGAAGUGAUACGGGCUACUGGGCGCUUUACACAGAUGGUACGAAUAUAUUGGAUGGAACAGGGCUUUCUACUAACCUAAUUGUAGAUUCCGGCGGAUCCAUAUCGAUCGGACAGGAACAAGAUUCAGUGGGUGGCGGUUUUGAUACGAAACAGGCUUUAGUUGCGGAUAUUGCCCACGUGGGAAUCUGGAGUACCACUAUGGACCCCGCCGCCAUAAGUAAUCUAGCAAAUGACUGCAGUGGUAAACUACAGGAAGGCGACAUAUUCAAAUGGGUUUUGUUAGAUCUGAAUUUGUCUGGGACAACUGAAGUGCUAAAUUCAGACAUAUGUGGUAGGAGGUUUCACUCUAUUUGGCUGUAUUAG